AUGUCGCAACAACAACAAAUCCCGGCUCUCCCGCAGGUGAUUUCACCUUCACCUACACCCUCAGAAUCCAGCGUAAAAGAUGGCUACUUUCCUCCAACAACACGAUCGAAGGCGCGCGUUGGCGGGUCUUCCAUCGGCCCUAUCGACGAAAACGAGGGAACUACAGAAGAGCUGGACCCAGAGCUCUUUCGAGCGCGAAGCAGGAGUAGGAGUCCAAACAUCGAUCGAUCACGGCCAGCGCGCAUGACGAUGACACCGAUAAAUGGGGGCGUAUCGACGAGCGCAUCAGCAGCAGCGAGCAGUGCAACGAAAGUGAAUCGAAGGAAGGCAGAGGAGACAAAUGGCCCGGUUCAGAAAAAUGCGGAGGGACUACUCUCACCCUCGAGUGCAUACCCACAAGGCUUUGGCUCGGCAUAUUGGCGGAAUCUCAGUCGCAGUCCCAGUCCGCUAGGCUUGAUUCCAAUCCAUCGGCAUUGGAGAGAAUUUGUACACAAGCAUGAAGUUCCCCGCAAGGUGCUGCACGUCAGCAUAGGAUUCGUGACACUUUGGCUAUACAAAAGAGGUGUGCAGACGAGUUCAAUACAUCCCGUAUUACUGGGACUGCUCAUACCGAUCUUCAACGUGGAUGUGAUCCGCUUCCGCUGGCCGGAGUUCAAUCGAUUCUACAUUCGGAUGUUGGGGCCUUUCAUGCGAGAGAGCGAAGCGCAUGAUCGUUUCAACGGCGUCAUCAGCUACCUGGCUGGCGUCUGGUUGCCUAUGUACAUGUGCAGGAAAGAUGUUGCAGUUAUAAGCGUGUUGCUGCUAUCAUGGUGUGAUACAGCAGCGAGCACGUUCGGGAGAUGGUUGGGAAAGUACACUCCGAGGGUCAGGAAAGGCAAGAGCUUAGCGGGAAGCCUGGCCGCGUUCACAUUUGGUGUCGCGAGUUCCGUGCUGUUCUGGGGAAUCAUUGCUCCCGCGACGCCCGAGGAGUUCAACCAGGGAGUGAACAGCUUCGCAUUUCAGGGCACACUCACCCUCCCACAGGGGUUAAGACAACCGCUGGGUCUGAACGAGGCGCAGGCGUCUGUCACCGGUCCGAUUGCUUUGGGUGUAGUUUCGGUGGUGUCUGGUCUGGUUGCGAGCGUGAGUGAAGCUGUGGACAUACUCGGUCUGGACGAUAAUUUGACGAUACCCGUGCUCUGCGGAGCUGGCAUAGGAGCUUUUCUGUGGGUCUUUGGUAAAGUCGGGACUGCGCCUUGGACUUAG